AUGCAGGGACUCAAUUCUAGCAUUUCCAGCUUGUCUCUGAAUCAAACGAACGGACUACAGGGUUCGACAGCGAGUUCCAAGAAAAGCAGGAGACCCAACAGAGCUUUCCAUCAAUUGGGCGAGACAAGCACAGUCCAAGAAAGUCCAAAACUGUCGUUUGGUGCUGCCAAGCCAUUUGGUACCAGUGAUGGUGUACAAAAUGGCUCAGCAGGUAUCGAUGUAGCGAGUUCGACCGUUUCCUCCGUGGUUUCGCAUUUCGUGCCUACUGAAAGGCUCGAAGAUCAACAAUCGUUCAUGAACAAGUGCUUUGUCACGUCACAGGAUAGUAUUCCGCCGCUGUCUGUUUCGCAAUUCUACUCCUUUGACCAGGGAAGCAGCGAUCCCCGUAAAAUGCGCUUGACCAUGUACAAUAUCCCACAUACCGAAUAUCUUCGAUCUGCGACAAAAUUACCAUUAGGCGCUCUUUUACAGCCCUUCGCAACUUCUAUUCCCUCGGACGACAUCCCAGUCAUUGAUUGUAGCACAGAUUCAGGUCCUCUGCGGUGCAGGCGUUGUCGAGCCUACGUGAAUGCAGGGUUUUCUUUCACAUUCGACUCAAAAGCAGUGUGCAAUUUUUGUCAGGUGAGCACGCGAUUAGAGGAGCACCAACAAGCACCAUUGAACCCGGAUGGCACUCGUUCUGAUUUUGCUGAACGGCCAGAGCUAUCAAACGGUACAAUCGAGUUUCUUUUGCCCGAGCAGUACAAUGCGAUCAAAGAUAUGCCAAAUCUUCCCUUGCAUUACGUCUUUUUGAUUGACAUCUCAACUCUAGCGAAUGAAAACAAAAGUUCUCUCGCCAUGGUCGAAGCAGUGCGAACGUCUAUUGAGUACAUCGCCAAAAAUCAACCCCAAUGCAAAGUUGCCAUUAUCGCUUACGAUAACAAGAUCAGAUUCUUCAAUUUAAGGCCUGAAAACUUUCAGGCCCAGGAAUAUAUUGUAAGCGACCUUCACGAAACUUUUCUGCCUAUUUACAAUGGCCUAUUUGUCAGACCCGAGGAGUCCAUGCAUGUGAUUCAAGACACGCUCUCCAAACUCACCACUUUCAUAGAGGACGAAAAGUUUUUCCACAAAUUUGAAGCGUGCUAUGGAUCCGCCUUAGAGGCAGCAAAAUUGGCUCUUGACACAGUCACCGGUCGUCAAGGUGGUAAAAUAGUGGCAUCUUUAUGUUCGAAACCUAUAGUUGGCAACGGCAACCUUCGACUAAGGGCAGACGAUGCCUUGAAAAAAUCAUUGAAGUGUGAAAACGAGUUUUAUGCCAAGCUCAGUCGCGAUUUGCUAUCCUCUUACAUUUCUGUCGACUUGUAUUGUACCACGUCUGCCUAUGUCGACAUGAUAUCUGUGGGACAACCCUCGCUCGUCACUUCCGGAAAGGUCAAAUACUACCCGCAUUUCAACAUAGAUCGGGAUGAAUUCACGCUUGUCAAUGAUGUUCUGAAUGGAAUCUCGACUAUUGUAGGGUAUGGAGCUCUUGUCAAAGUUCGCUGUUCUUCAGAGCUUUCGAUCUAUAAUUAUUACUCAGAAUCCUGCAACAACUCGAACCACGAACCAACGAUACCCGUUCUCAGUAAGGACUCAAAUUUGACUGUUCUUUUCAAGUACGACGGACAAUUGCCGGUCUCAAAAGACGUGUAUUUUCAAGCCGCUGUUCUGUAUACUGAUAUCGAGGGCCAACGUCGUGUCAGAUGUCUGAACACAUCUGGAGCUACAAGUGACAAUAUUCACGAGAUUUUCAAAUUUGUUUGCCAAGAUGCUUCUUUAAGCAUAAUGGUUCACGACGUUAUUUCGACGUUAGGUGAUUGCAAUUUUGUCAACAUCCGCAAGCUCAUUGAUGGCAAAAUUUGCGAUGUUCUCACACAAUAUCGUGCUUUAGUGUCGACAUCUCCCUCCACUCAGUUAAUUCUUCCGGAUUCUUUGAAAACUCUUCCGGCGUUUUUGCUGGCUUUCGAGAAAUCUGAGCUCAUGAAAAACAACAACAAGACGUCGCAUGGAAACACUAGAGUUCACGAUCUUAUGUUGUACCACACGAUGACACCGGCCCAGAUGUCUCUAAAAUUAUACCCACAAAUCAUCCCGCUCCACGAGCACCUUUCAGAGACAGAUCUUACUUUUUUCGAUGAAAACUCAAAACUGCUCCAGAUCACCCCAUCCGAGAGCCUUUCAGUGCGGGCAAGUAGGGCCAGUUUGGUCGAUGGGGGUUGCUAUUUGAUCUGCAAUGGUUCGACGGUUUACUUGUGGCUCAACGAAAACACCAAUAGGUUCUUGCUGCGCGACCUUCUCGGGCUCGACGCGGAACAAAACGAUUACAAGUCAGUGUUGCUGUUCGCCAACACGCUGCCCACGCUCGAUACCGACAUCAAUGUCAAGGCUCGCAAUUUGCUCCAAAAUUGGUGCAACAUCCUAAACUGCUGCUAUCUGCCAGUCUUACCGCUGCGUCCAAACGUCGACAUGUACUAUUCUGGUGUUAUGGAACAAAUUCUCUGCGAGGACAAAUCCAUCGAGAUGAUCGAGAGCUACACAAACUAUCUCGUGCAUCUGCACCGCGCAAUACAAGAGAAAAUCGGUCGCGGGGACUACAUAAAACCCAGCGCAGCGCGAGACCACGAGCAUUUUUCUCAAAAGUUUAUUCACUUUUAG